AUGUCUACUCUCGAAGCGAACAAUCUAUUUUCAACCAAGGGCUUAGUUGCGGUGGUGACCGGGGGUGGAACAGGUAUCGGAUUGAUGAUUGCGGCUGCUCUUGAGCACAAUGGUGCAGAAAGGGUCUAUAUCGUAGGAAGAAGGAAAGAAGUCUUGGAGAACGCAGCGAAGGAGCACUCCAAAUACGGAAAGAUAAUCCCGCUCGCCGGAGAAGUUACAUCAAAGGAAUCUCUAGAAUCAGUUGUUGCCCAGAUCAAAUCAGAGGUCGGCUAUAUAAACUUGCUCGUCAACAAUGCCGGUACUGUAGGAAAUAGAAGCCACAGCCAACAGCCAUUGCCAGAACCGUACGUGUCGAAGCCGGAAUCAGAGAAUUAUCGGAAUAUUGAAGAUCUUCAGGCAUAUCUGUGGAAGGAUUCGGUUGAGAACUGGGAUAAUGUUUUCAGAGUGAACGCCACUGGUGCUUGGUUUACAAGUGUAGCGUUUCUGGCGCUAUUAGAUGAAGGUAACAAGAGGAAGACCGUGGAACAAACAAGUCAGAUUGUUACUAUUGUCUCGAUUGCAGGCUUUUCUAGGUUGUUAGCAUCUAGCUAUAUCUAUGCCGCAAGUAAAGCAGCCAUGACCCAUAUUGGGAAGAUGAUGGCAACAAACUUAGCCCCAUUUAAUAUCAGAUCUAAUAUGAUCGCACCAGGCCUUUACCCUUCAGAAAUGACUGUUGGCCCGGGGAAGAUGGACGCUGGUAACAAGAACACACUCUCGGACUAUCCGAGUCAUCAUAUUCCGAUGUUGCGCCCCGGGAAAGAAGAAGACAUGGCCGGUGCAAUUUUGUACCUUGUUAGCAAGGCUGGGGCUUAUUGUUCCGGAACAGUGAUUGUCAGUGAUGGUGCGAGACUAUCAGUAUUGCCAGCAACUUAUUAG